CAAACAUGGCCGCCGGCGGUGUCCGUGUAUGUGUUAUCAGCACCCAAGAUGGCCGCCCGCUGCAUCCGUUUGUGUUCCGCAGGAAUGUGGAAGGCGGCGGCCGCGGCGCUAGAGCCAAACUUUGGGGAAUGAUAGCGGGCGCUGUAUGGGAGCCGCUGUUUGAGGGAAGUAGCAUCGCUGGACGGCCUGCAUUCGCAAUUUAUACGUUUUCAGAAAGCACCUGAGACUGAAGAGCUUGUAUUCGGGUCGUAUUUAAAGGAGAAAAUACGGCUUUAUCACAACAUUGAAGCCAUGUCGGAGGACCUGAGCUCCCAAACCUGGUCCAUUAACAAGGAUGACUAUGAACUACAGGAGGUCAUUGGAAGUGGAGCCACAGCAGUCGUCCAGGCUGCUUACUGCGUUCCCCGCAAGGAGAAGGUCGCCAUCAAACGCAUCAACCUGGAGAAAUGCCAGACCAGCAUGGAUGAGCUCCUGAAAGAGAUCCAGGCCAUGAGCCAGUGCCACCAUCCUAACAUUGUGUCAUACUAUACCUCCUUCGUAGUGAAAGACGAGCUGUGGCUGGUUAUGAAGCUUCUAAGCGGUGGGUCUGUGCUGGACGUGAUAAAACACAUCAUUUCACGAGGGGAGCAUAAAACCGGAGUGCUGGACGAGCCCAGUAUAGCCACCAUUCUGAAAGAGGUUUUACAAGGACUUGAGUACUUGCACAAAAACGGGCAGAUUCACAGGGAUCUGAAGGCUGGAAACAUCCUGCUGGGGGAAGACGGCUCUGUUCAGAUCGCAGAUUUCGGCGUAAGUGCCUUUUUAUCCACCGGCGGUGACAUCACCAGGAAUAAAGUGCGCAAGACGUUCGUCGGGACGCCAUGCUGGAUGGCUCCUGAAGUCAUGGAGCAGGUAAAGGGUUAUGACUUUAAAGCAGAUAUUUGGAGUUUUGGGAUCACAGCCAUUGAGUUGGCCACAGGAGCUGCUCCCUACCACAAAUACCCUCCUAUGAAAGUGUUGAUGCUGACGCUGCAGAACGAUCCUCCUUCCCUGGAGACGGGAAUCACGGAUAAAGAAAUAGUAAAGAAGUACGGCAAAUCCUUCAGGAAGAUGAUCUCACUGUGUCUGCAGAAGGACCCGGAGAAAAGGCCAACAUCAUUGGAGCUCUUAAAACACAAGUUCUUCCAGAAAGCAAAGAAUAAUGAGUUUCUACAGGAGAAGUUACUACAGAGAGCACCAACAAUAUCAGAACGCUCCAAAAGGGUAAGGCGGGUUCCCGGCUCCAGCGGCAGGCUGCAUAAAACAGAAGAUGGUGAAUGGGAAUGGAGUGAUGACGAGUUGGAUGAGGAAAGUGAGGAGGGCAAAGCUGCUGUUGCUGCUUUACGGUCUCCAAGAGUAAAGGAAGGCACUUCGAACUCAGAGCAGCUUUUCCAGCCAGCGGAGCCCUUCAGCAGUCACCUCCAGACAGGAGGACCUCCUGCUCACCCCGAUUUACCUCAGCCUGGUGGGCAGGCUGUGCCGUCCUCACAGUCCCCACCUCCUCUGGUUAACCUCGCCCAGGUCCUUACUCCUACCCCUGCUCCAGCCCCUGUCCCAGCCCAGGUUCCUGCCCCUGUCACUGCCAGCGAUGCCUCCAAGUCGCCCAUCAGCCUGGUGUUGAGGUUGAGAAACCUGAAAAAGGAGCUGAACGACAUACGAUUUGAGUUCAUGCCUGGACGAGACACGGCAGACGGAGUGUCCCAGGAGCUGGUGUCCGCGGGGCUGGUAGAUGGGAGGGAUUUAGUUAUAGUUGCUGCUAAUUUGCAGAAGAUAGUCGAUGAGCCUCAAGUCAAUAAAAACGUCACCUUUAAGCUGGCGUCUGGCGUCGAAGGCUCCGAGAUUCCCGACGACGUUAAACUCAUGGGAUUCGCUCAGCUCAGUAUCAGUUAAAGUUUGCCUCCACGCAGGGACCAUGACUUGCCUAAAAAAUGU